AUGCUUCCACGGACAGUCGACGGGAUGAUGCAUGUUUGCUAUUUCCGCCAUGCACUCGCGCUUGAUGAGCGGCGGGUCAAGUUCCUCCCUGAAUACGCCUACAGGGGAUCCGCCACUAAACCCGCCGCUGAACCUAUGAAACCGAUAAACAACACCGGAGACUCCACGGGAACGCUUUCACAAACAAAGGAGGUUUGGUUUGCAGGGACGCACUUAGAUAUUGGUGGUGGAAGUGUAUAUAACCAAGAGAUGGACCGUAGCACGCCGCCGUUAAGAUGGAUGGUCUUCGAGGCGGGGGCAGCUGGCCUUCGCACAAAGCCAUUCAAGCGUGAACUCAAGGAGAAUGAACAGAUUAAUAUCAUCGAAUCUCUGACAGGGCCUCACCUUGGUUCAGGCCGGAAGAUUCACCCGGGUCAGAAGAUCCACAGCUCAUUAGUGCGGGCUGUUGGGUCGAGAGCUGAUAAUUACACCCCGAAAGCACGUCCUCCUCUCGAUGGUAACGGUUCAUUCUGGAAGAUGCUGCGCGACAAGGAGAAGCAGCCUAUGGACGAGUGGCUGGAACUCGAUUUGUACGAACACAGCAAAUUCGCAGUCGAGAAACUUGUUACUGAGGGCGACGCUACCACCUUGAAGUCUCUGCAUCACACAUCUAUAUCGGGGGAUGCUUGUCAGGCUGUAUACGGGAGUGUGAUCAAAGCCCUGCAGAAGGAGGGACUUACCCUCCAAAACAAGCAUCUGCUCCUGUGCACCACGAUGGAGCUACUAUGGCGGAGCCCUCGGGAUUAUAUGCUGAGCCCUUCAAGCGAAGUCAGACCUCGUUUGUCAGACCUUGCUCGCAACAGUGAAUAUCGGCAAACGGCAUGGGAUUUUGUGACACUCUUCACAAAUUUUGUCAAAGUCGUUGAGAUACGAGAAGAUUCCUCUAAUUUUCUAGCGAUCUCGCCUGAUGGGACACACGUAGCGUCUGGCUCGAAGAACGGUCGGAUGAUUCAGGUGUGGGAAGCAGAAAAGAUGUUUCAGAUCUUGGAUGUGGGGGAUGAUCACACAGUACCCGGGAUGAGACAACGAGAGGAGUAUCGUCACGGUUUACGCACGAUGAGAGAACGGUUAGAACAAGCAGUGCGGGUGCAGGCCCAGCUACACCAAGCUCAGGUCACAGAUGUUGCGUUUUCACCCGACGGCACGCGCAUAGUAUCUGGCUCGAGCGACGGGACAGUUCGGAUCUCGGAUGCAGAAACUGGCAGCCUGGUGGGAGAGCCAUGGCGAGGACAUGAUUGCCAGGUUUGGUCCGUCGCGUUUUCACCUGACGGCACGCGCAUAGUGUCUGGCUCAGGUGACGAGACAGUGCGGAUCUGGGAUGCAAAAACUGGUAGCCCGGUGGGAAAGCCAUUGGAAGGACAUGAUGGCGAGGUCAAGUCCGUCGCGUUCUCUCCAGACGGCAUCCUCCUAGUAUCUGGCUCGGUCGACAAGACAGUUCGGAUCUGGCAUGUAGAAACUGGUCGCCCGGUGGGAAAGCCAUUGGAAGGACAUGAUGGCGAGGUCAAGUCCGUCGCGUUCUCACCUGACGGCACGCGCGUAGUAUCUGGCUCGGACGACUGGACAAUUCGAAUCUGGGAUGCCAAAACUGGCACCACGGUGGGAGUGCCAUUGCGAGGACACCGUGAUUGUGUUUUAUCUGUCGCCUUCUCACCAGACGGCAAGCGCAUAGGGUCUGGGUCGCGUGAUAGGACAGUUCGGAUCUGGGAUGCAGAAAUCGGUAUCCCAUCGGGAGAGCCAUUGCAAGGACACAAUCAACCAGUCAAGCUCGUGGCUUUCUCACUGGAUAGCACGCGCAUAAUGUCUAUGUGUCACCGCACAGUUAGAACCUGGGAUCUAGGACCUCUCGCACUGCUGAACCCGACGAUCUACGUAGGACAAGGAUUUCUUGCGGUUAUUUCACCAGUCGUACAAUUUAGCAACGAUGUUUAA